AAUGGAAAGAUAAUGACUUGUCUAAUAUGAUCUGAAAAUAAGUUUGUGAGGUUAGAAAAUCAACUGUUAAAAAUGGCGGGUGUAGAAUAUCAGCUGAUCUUCUCAGCUCUCUGCUUGAUAUCCCAGUUAUCUGGUGAAAUCAGGACGGGAAAAGACUCCCCUCUCUCUCUCCGGGUUCUACAGGAUACAGGGAACGAAACUAGUCAAAAGAAGGUUAUCAGGCUUACAGAAGGGCACAUGUUGAAUCUAACCUGUAUUGCCGAGGGAGGCCGGAAUGUUGGUUUGGUUUGGUAUGUUCCAAGCUCUAUAGCCAUGUCUCAACACAGGUUGAAAGAGAGAGUGAAAGAGGAGAACAAGAAAAAUCUAGUAAUCUCUCCAAUAUCUGAGGUUGACUCAGGGAACUAUAAGUGUGAGGCUAUUGGAACCCAAGGGGAGCAUGUCUGGGAGAGUGUACGUGUAUAUGUGGAACCUGAUUGGGGAGAUUGUAAACCUGGAUUCUACAAUUGUAACAAUACUAACAAUUAUUGCAUACCUAAAAGAUAUCGAUGUGAUGGAAGAGCAGACUGUCCUAACGGUGACGAUGAGUCUGAGUUCCCUUGUGGAAUAGAUCCUUGUAAAGGGAAGAUUUCCUGCCCUGAACUAGAUUUCAGGUGUAUUGAUCCUAGUGAGUACUGCUGUGAUCCUGAAACUGAUUAUGAUUGCAAGGUGCUGUACAGUUGUUGUAAGGCUGUACUUGAUUAUAACAGCAGAACUAAGCAUAAGCAGCCGGAGCUGCAAGAUCAUAUUUCAGGAUAUGAUAAGAUUUUUUACACAGCUAUAGGUUGUUGUCUGGUAUUUUUAGCUGUUAUCUGUUUUGUCUAUGGCUGGUUGAGAUAUCAUAAUAGUAGAGCGGGAAGACAAAAUCAGAGACAACGACAACCUCUAACCCUUCACGACCUAGAUUUGAUGUACGGUGGUCCAGAGCAGUACAACGGUACUGAUCGGAACCUUAGUAUUACGUUUAAUAUUAAUCAUGGUGUACAGAUUAUGCGUCCUCCACCAUACAGCAAUAGGAGUGGAACCCCUGGGCCCCCUCCCCCCUACAUGUCCCAGGAGAACGUGCAGGACCCCCUCCUGGAGGAGUCCAACAACAACGGAGAUAUCAACGGCAACAGCAACCUCAUGGACAACAACAAUCCCAACAGAAAUAUUCCAGACAACACCAGAAAUCGAAAUUUGCCGGAAGCUGACCAGCUCGUAGAAGCAGCUCCCUCCCUCCCGGACCCAACCCUCGUCGUUCCGCCUUCGUACGCUACUAGUACUACUACUUCCCCUACCUAUACUCAGGAGGAAGCCGCCGCCUACCCGCCGCCUCCUUACCCGGGACUAGACCGGACUAGAUACUCAGAUACAUCCACGGAAACAGAAACAGAAUAGAAUAAUUUCGAUGUUUUUUUUCUGUCACUUUUUUUUAUUGGAUGAUGGGUUGUCUGCUAAUUAUAAUAAUAUUAAGUUUUCUCUUGCUGAAUAUUAUGUACAUAUUGCACAAACAUUAGAAUUUACAUGUACGUAUUGUACUUACAAUUUACAUAUUGUUAGACAUCACUGUCUACAUUGUAUAAAGAUUAUAACAGCCAAAAAUUACGAUUUGAUUCAUAUUUAUUUCUUGAUGAAUUAGAAUACAAAGGAAUAACAAUUUAGUCGUAGUAUUGCUUGCUGUCACACAAAAUAUAAAAUUUAAUAAUCUAAAUUUAAAAACGGAAGAAGAAAAAACUUUGGUCGUAUAUAAACUUUGUGAUUAGUUUACAUUGAGAUUUAAUGUGCCAAAUAUGAGAACCGGUAAAUGUCUAGUUGAAAGUUCAUUAAACAUAAAUUUUAAAUAAGUCAAAAACCUUAAAAGAAAUUUAACUAAAAAUAUAUAUUUUUGGUGAUCUAGUAUAUUUCAAUCAAAUUUCACUCGAUGAGUCCCUUUCUAGCCUUCUCUAGUUUAGACUUAUAUCCUUAAAAUAUGAAGUUCAAGAAGUAGAUCUAUAUUAAUUAAUAUAUUAAUUAAUGUCAAUUAAUCGAAGUUAUAAAAUUUUGUUGUUUUCUGCCCAUUUUCUGAAAGUUAACUUCCAAAUUUGUUUCUAUAUGAUAAAAAGAAAUUCUAGUUCUAUCAUAGAUAAAAAAAUAUAUGGGCAUUUGUGUUAUUUCAGAAAA